AGAGCACUGAAGGAGAGCGGGCUGGAGAAUGGCGUCAUGCUCCUGUGACAGAUCUGCAGACCCCACAAUCCCCUGGUUUAGUGGCGGCGUGAGGCGCGUGGGGUCGAGUCUCUGGACACGAUGAGCGCGCCGCAGCCUGGACCCUGUGCGCUGUCUCUGCGCUCUCUCCGCCUCCUCGUGUCUCCUCUGCGCCUCACGUGUGCGGCUCUGUGGGGGAUCGCGCGGCAGAGAGCGGUGGAGCACUACGGGCUGCUGGAGGACUUUAUCUCCACCCUGCACCGCGCCAUCCCGGGUUUGCUCAGCCCCUCGGAGCGGGUGCGCAUCAGCCUGGGUUUACGCGCAAAGGUGGUGUUGGACAUGUGUAGGAGGGAUGGAGGAGGCUGUAGGCAACAUCUGGAGCCUGAGCUGAGGAGGAUGGAGGAACUCGUCCUGGAGCUGGAGGAGGAGGACUCCGGAGCAAAGACGAAAGCUUCAUUUGACCGUUUUUCCAAGUUCGUUUUCUCGCUGCUGGAUGAUCCACAUGAAAAAGACGCGUUUCUCCAGAAAACCUCAGAAUUCGACCUUAAGUUUGACUCGUCCCUGCAGAAUCUCGUAAGAAAUUUACUGCUGCAUUUGGAGAAUCUGCUCCCUGUGCCCAGUCUGGAGCACACGUCACGGUGGCUCGGGCUGUGUCCUUCAGUCUUAAAAGAGUGUGAGGACAUUUUGAACGAACCGGACCCUCUCCACGAGCUCAUCCAGCAACAGAAACACAACUGUACGUUUCCAAUAGGUCACUUCGUCGAAGACUUUUUCUCCGGCGUCUCCGGUUCCACGGACGAACAAAGUGAAACUAAAACCACACAGCUCCAAAGCUCGGACGCACGGGGGGACGAAGCUCAGACGGAGGAGGGAGUCCCGUCUGUGGAAGUCACUCUGUCGUUUGACGAUGACGACGAUGAAGACGAGUAUACGAUGGACUAUAACCACGAGUAUCAGCGACCGUCUGUCUGCGCGAAGUCCUCCAGAUGCCCUGCCUGUGGUCUGACGUUUGAUAAUCCUUCUUUACUCAGCAAACACAGCGUCUCAGGAGAUUGUAUCGAAGAAAACGCGGUUUUUCAGGUCGAUUUGGAUUCGGACGCUUUGAGAUCAGAGCACGAGCCCCUGACCGUAGACGCUGAUGUCGUUCCAAAGCGCCGCGGUUACACUGACCACAUAGUUUGCCUGUUGUGUGGUCAGAUCUACACGUUAAAGACUUUACUGGAACAUCAGAAGGUCUGCGUGGUGAGAUACGAGCGGGAGAAACGGGCUGCGGCUGCGAUGCGUGUGGAGUACGCGCAAAAACGUCGAGAUCAGGGAUUCAAACCGUGUAUAGUCGUCGUUGGACGUUUAUCUUCCAGCCGUGAAAUCGCUCAGGACAAGACGUGUAAGUUCUCAUCUAAAGAACGUUCAAAAGCUUCUGUCCAAAGACGCCUUUUCCCCAAAAAUCGAGAAAUGCCAGUGCUAAAAAAUAACCUUUACUCCAUUUUGAUUCAACCUUGCAACUUAAACUCUUCGAAGAACAACACCGAGACAGAAUCCGGUUCCCAAAGACGAGAAUCGGAGAACAGCGCGUGCACGAAACCCAUGAAAUGUACGCUCUGUGACCAAACGUUCUCCAAAACCCUGCUCAUGAAAAGACAUUAUUUCAACAUUCACCGCGUCAAAGGCUCGUAUCAGUGUCCGUCCUGUAAAAGAAGCUUCGUUCGACUGUGCGACAUGGUCAAACAUCACCAGAACAAGCGUCUCGUCGAGUGCGAGACGUGCAGAAGAUGCUUUACGAAACUAACCGUUCUAAAAAAGCACAAAACGCAGUACAACAACACCUGCGCGACGCCACACAUCUGCGAAACCUGCGGGAAGCCGUGUUUGACCGCCGGAGUCCUCAAACAACACCGCAACGUGCACCGGGUUAAAAACGAGCAAACCGUUUGUACGUACUGCGGUAAAAAGUUCAGCUCGAAGUUUUGUCUGCGGGUGCACAUGAACAGACACACCGGCGGAUUCCCGUGUCCCAUCUGCCCCAAAGUUUUUUACCAAAAGACGUGCCUGAAACGCCACGUGAACAAACACAACGGACUGGAGCCGUACCUCUGCGACGUCUGCGGGAAAGGCUGGGCGACUCCCGCGUACCUCAGGAUCCACAUGGUCACGCACACGGAGGACCGCCCCUUUAAAUGUGACCGGUGUGACAUGUCGUUUAAGAGGGAGGUUAAUCUGAAAUGUCACUUCACCAGUAAACACACGGAUCUCCGGCCGUACGUGUGCAGCGUCUGCGGAGCGGCGUACAAACACAGCAGUAUGCUUUAUGAACACGUGAUGAAACACACGGGAGUCCCACGCCACGUCUGUCCCAAGUGCGGCAGCGGGUUCGCGCGGAAGUAUCAGCUGAGAAUGCACAGAGAGAAGCGGUGCGCGGACAGAAAACAGGUUAGCUAGGUCAGACCCAGAAAAGAAAAGACGACGUUAGCUAGGCCCAACACAGAAAUGAUGUUGUUAGUUAGACCUGACGCAUAAAAAACGCUGUUAGCUAGGUUCGGCACAGAAAAGAUGUUGUUAGCUAGGCCCGACGCAAAAAAGAAAAGAUGUCGUUAGCUUGGCCCGACACAGAAAUGAUGUUGUUAGUUAGACCUGACACAUAAAAAACACCGUUAGCUAGGCUCGGCACAGAAAAUAUGUCGUUAGCUAGGCUCGGCACCCAAAAGAAAAGACGACGUUAGCUAGGCCCAACCCAGAAAAGAAAAGACGUCGUUAGCUAGGCUCGGCACCCAAAAGAAAAGACGACGUUAGCUAGGCCCAACCCAGAAAAGAAAAGACGUCGUUAGCUAGGCCCAACACAGAAAUGACGUUGUUAGUUAGACCUGACACAUAAAAAACGCUGUUAGCUAGGCCCCGACACAGAAAAAAUGGUGUUAGCUCGGCCUGACGCAGUAACGUCUUCAAAAAAAAAACAUGAUAUCGAUACUGUGUCAUUAAAUUAAACUAUAUAUUUAGAUAUUUUUUAUACACCUUUAAUAACCAGAUUGUUUCAUAUCAGAUAAAUACAGAUAUAAAUGAUGUUGUUCAAAGAUGUUUUUUUUUUUUUUUUAUUUUAAGUUUGUCGUAUUUACAGAUGAUGGGACACAGGGUGAGACAAAUGUUCUAAAAUUACACAAAAACAUUUAAUCCAAGGCAAUAAUCUAAAAAUCCUUUGGCAUAAAUAUAAAAACUAUUUUCUAGAUGAAUAAUAACAUUUUUUCCACAUUAUCAUCACUUCAGUUCCAUAUUUAAUUGUUUUUCUAUCAUUUUAAAUCGUUUAUGCUGCACUAGUUUUGCCUUUUAGUUUUGCACUUUAAGAGUUGUGAUUUUGGUAGAAAAAUAAAAUAAAAAUGUUUUGUUUAUUUCAGAUUAUUGUGUUUCAUUCUGUCGUUUUUGUUGCUGCUCAUAGUUUUAACAAUAUUGUAAAUUUAAAAAAGAUCACUGGGAUCAUUCUGCUUUUGUGUUGAUGUUUAAGAGGGGUUUUGAGUCAUUUUGAGUUCUUUUUUUAUUUUGAGUUCUUUUUUUUUUAGUUAUUUUUAUUAUACUUUUUGUUAUUUUGAGUUUUUUUUAGUUUAUUCUCUUUAUUGUUAUUAUUUUGAGUAUUUUUUGUUAUUUAAGAGGGUUUUUUUAGUUAUUUUUAUUAUACUUUUUGUUAUUUUGAGGUUUUUUUUGUUUAUUCUCUUUUAUUAUUUUGAGUAUUUUUUGUUAUUUAAGAGUUUUUUUUGUUAUUUUUUAUUAUUUUUUUUGCUUUUGUGUUGAUGUAGUUUCAAUUCUUAAACUUUGUCAAGACUUUAUUUUUGUUUGUUCUAGGUUUGUUUUUAGCUGAUAUUUUUGUUUGUAUUCUGUGAUUUCUGCCUGUUACGUUAAUUUAUCAUAAUAAAACUGACCAGAACACGUCACAGAUGA